AUGCCCCACGCGCUCGACUCGCGCAGUACAAACAUCUUCGCGUUGCCCGGUCUCGAUCUGGUUGACGAGGCGACGCUGCGCCUGCUCUCGGUGCCCGUCCUGCUCUUUGCGUCGCUUUAUCUGAUAGCGAAAGCGCUGCCCAAAAGCGCGCAGAAGCCACCAAAGGGUGGGUGUCCGGCUGUUCCCACUGCGACCAACGGUGCACCCGCCAAAGGCAACGACGACUACGCCCACUUCGACUUUGCGUCCGUGCGCGUGAGCAAGAUCCUGGUCCACCCUAUCAAGAGCUGUAAAGGCAUCUCCGUGGCGGAAGCGGCGUACACGUCCCAGGGGCUCGAGAACGAUAGGAAGUGGGCGAUCGUCUGGAAGGAGAACAACAAGAUUGUGACGGCCCGCGAAGUCGCGAAGACGGUGCUGAUACACCCUGUGAUCAAGAACGACCCGUCCUCGCCCGAGGGAGGCGUCCUCGAGGUGUCCUUCCCGUCCGACUCCGGCUGCGAGAGUUUCGCUGUUCCGCUCUGCCCGAGCGAGGCGACUCUGCAGAGGUGGCGUGUGCUUGACGACGUCGCGCUGUUCUACAUCACAGGCAUGCAAGGCUACAUCUGCGAGAGCGCCAGCACCGGCACGCGCUCGCCGUCCGAGAUCCUCUCGCAGUUCGUCGGCGCCCCAGUGAUGCUCGUGAUGAAAGGCGCACGGGCACGCGUGUGCCGGCCGACGCUGCGCCAUCCGAAGCUGGACGCGUCGUUCGUGUUCCAGGACGGGUACCCGCUGAUGGUGUGCUCCGAGGAGAGCCUCGGCGCGGUGCAGGCGCGGGUGCGCGCGAUGGUCGGCGAGCAGGGGGUCGAGGAGCGGUGGAGGGAGGAGGAGCUGACUAUGGAGCGGUUUAGGCCGAAUAUCGUGUUCAAGGGCGCGGGCGCGCCGUUUGUGGAGGAUGCGGUGCAGGAGAUUUCGAUACAUCGUUCGGCGGCGGCGGCGGCGGCGGAGGGCGGGGCGGAGAGCGAUGGGCUGAUGCCGCCUGUGAUUCAGGUUGUCUCGAAGACGACGCGGUGUUUGCUGCCAAACGUAUCGCCAACCACCGGCGAGCGCGACAAGGCCGUCCCGUUCAAGCCUUUGCACAAGUUCCGCCGUGGGCUAGACCCGGAAAAGCCAUCGAAGGCGUGUCUGGGGUGCAACGCGGUGCCCACGGGCUCGGGUGUCGUGCGCGUCGGCGACUCUGUGCAGGUGCACAAGGUGGGGGACGUGUGAGCCACAGUCUCGUCGUGCGAUGGUGCCGGGCGAGCGCCAGGCUGAGACGAUGACUGAGUGGUUCUGAGCGAUGAGAAAACGCGGCUUCUGGGAUGCCGCCGGCGAAGAGAUGGUGCGAGUGUGAUGCGAUCGGUCGGUCGAGAACCAGAAUACCAGAGCAGCUCCACCUGCUAGCACUGUUGGGGACGGGCCGUGUGCGUCGAACGCGAUGGCGUGCCCGGGAGUGGGGAGCACCGCUGGCCAGGCCGGGGGGUCGUUUGUCAGUCGUCAGUCGUCAUACCCGUGUAUUCUUAGAGGCAUCUUUGUACGUUGCUUAGAGAGACCUCGACUCCUCAACGAGAGUCGGGCCGGCCGGCCAAUGAU